ACCGCUUACAAUUUUUUCCCUGUAAAACGUACCUCUCACUCUCAGGCGAUUUAGAAAACAAAUUCUCUCUUGGAUCUCUGCGGGGGAGAGAGAGAGAGAGAGAAUGAAUCAAAUUUUCAGCAAGGUCGGAUCGUAUUGGAUCGGCCAGAAGGCGAACAAGCAGCUCGACUCCGUCGCUGACGAUAUCAACUCACUGUCAACGAGCAUCGAAGGAGGAGCGAAAUGGUUGGUCAACAAAAUCAAAGGUAAAGUGCAGAAACCUUUGGCCGAGCUACUAAAGGAGUACGGCUUCCCAGUCGGUAUCUUCCCUCGUGAUGCAACCAACUAUGAGUUCGACGAACAGACUGGAAAACUAAUAGUUUUCAUUCCAACAAUCUGUGAAGUUGGCUACAAAGACUCAUCUGUCCUGCGGUUCAACACAACCGUCACUGGGUAUCUCGAGAAAGGGAAGCUAUCAGAUGUGGAAGGGAUGAAGACAAAGGUAGUGAUAUGGGUCAAAGUGACUUGUAUCUCUGCGGAUGCAUCAAAGGUCCAUUUCACAGCCGGGAUGAAGAAAAGCAGAAGCCGAGAGGCUUACGAGGUUCUAAGAGAUGGCAGCGAGGUCACUAAAUUCUAGCACUUCCCAGAUUCUUUGAUCUCUUGUUAAUCUGUAUUCUUACAUGGGUUUGAAGAUGCAAGUGGAAGAGAUUUGUUCUGUCUUGUAAUUACUUGUUCUCGCUGGUCUUUAUAUAAUAAAGUCAUGGUAACUUCAUUUUCA